UGUUUCGUGUUUCUGUGACGCGCGUCGCUCGUUGACAUCAGGGAAGAGGAGCUGAAGUCCGGAGGGACGCAGUUCAGAAAGACAGUGUUGGAAUAAGGACGUAACUUGUUGGUGCUUCUUUGUUUGUCAAAUUAACGGCUCAAAUGAAUCGAUUUGAAUGUCAAAUUAUCGCAUUUAACUAGGCUAUUUAAAUUCCUUGUCACUACUAUGGAGUAACUUUUCAUGCGGAUUUGAGGCGCGCAAAUUGUGAACCGAAGGGGAACUUCUGCCGAGGUGUUCACACAAUCACAACCAGCCGUGGGGGAAUGGAGGUCCGCUGGCUGAAGACCCUGCUGUGUGUGUUGUUGAGUGUGUGUUCGUCCCUUCGAGCCCACCCUAUAGAUCAAAACCAUGAGAACGUGAUCAACCUACUGGAGGCUCUCAACAUGUCCCGCCCCUUGAAGGGUGUAUCCAAAGUCCAGGGGGAGUGGCCUGGAACCCAGGCCUACAAACUCCGCCCCCGCUCACCUCACCUGACCCUUCCUGAACAAUACUCCCACUACCUUGUUUCCUCACUGAGAGGCAGUCUGGGAAUUCACCUGAUGGGACGUCAGGGUGCAGACUCCAGUGGCACUCUGCUCUCUUUCUCCUCCUCCUCCUCAUCCUCGCCCCUCCUCCAACUCUACUCCUCUACCCGCUCCAAAUCUCUGCGUCUAGACCACCAGGCUGGCUCGGAAGGCCAGGGACUUGCCAGUGUACUGUUCCCAGGAGGAAGUCCCUUCUCUGGGGGAGGCUGGGUGCGGUUGGCCCUGGCCCUGGAGGCUGGCCGUGUGUCUCUGUUUGUGGACUGUAGAGAUGCAGUGGUUAUACAGAGAGACAAAGAGGAGAGAGUCAAACUACAGCUGCCCCCAGACCUAGUCAUCACACUGGCCAGCACAAAGGGUGACAUGGAGAGCAAGUUCACUGGUUAUGUGCAGACAGCUGAGAUCUCUACCAGAGCGUAUCAGAGGCGUCCGUGGCACUGUGACAACAUUACAGAUUCUCUGCACGGCCCUCCCCAUGCCCAGCUCAAUAACUCUGCUCCAGUAGACAGGGUUGACAGUGGACCUGGGCUGGAACCUCAGCAGGAUAUAGCCAACUACCAGCCACAUAACCCCUCUCUCCACCCCCAUCAUCCCCAGGGCGACCAGCCCCAGAGAGGUGGGGUGCUUCUGGGUCCUCCAGCACCCCAUGGGGUGAAACCUGUCUCUCAGUCCCAGGGUGAGGACAGGCUGAGGGGGUUGGAGGAGAGGCUAGAGGGCCUGGAGCGCAUGCUGGACAUGAUCAAGGCCCAGAAUGUGGACCUGCAGGCGCGUGUGCAGUAUCUGGAGGGGUGUGAGUGUGUGAGGCGUGGGUGUGUGUAGGGGAGACAGGUGGAUGAGGGGCAUCGCUGGGAGACGCACCGGAACACAUUCUGUACCUGCACCUCUGGACAGGUCACCUGCUCUGCUCCUACUGACGGGUGUAAGUUAGAUGGUCGUCCCUAUAAUUCCUCUAUCAACACCAUUGACGGCUGCCAGACCUGCACCUGCAAGGAGGGUAGUAUGGUGUGUUCCCCACCUUCCUGCCCCCCCAUCGACUGCUCUGAACAGGAGACACUUCAUGGAGAGUGCUGCCCUCGCUGUAGAGGUUGUAUCCAUACAGGCAUCCAUUACCACGACAGAGCUAAAUGGAGACCAUCAGAAAACCCCUGUAGUCUCUGUUACUGUCAGGAGGGUGUUGUUAAAUGUGAGACAGAGAGGUGUAGCCCUCCAUGUCGUUACCCUUCCUCCGCACCACCCAAUACCUGCUGCCCAGUCUGCCACGGUUGCAGAAUGAAUGGCCAGGACUUCCUGAAUGGAGCCCAGGUCCCUAGUGUAGAGCGCUGUCAGGAGUGUGUGUGUAUGAAUGGAGAUGUCCUCUGCUCGCCUCGACCCUGCCCUGCCAUUUCCUGUCCCAACUCUGUCCGUCGCCCCGGAGACUGUUGCCCACGGUGUGAGCAGUGUGAGUAUGACUCUCAGGUGUUGAUGUUCCCCUCCAGGACAGAUCCCUGUCUCCGCUGCCAUUGCUCUGCUGGAGAGGUGUCAUGUGAGCGUAUGGAUGCAUCAUGUCCUCCUCUGCGUUGUAGCCACCCUGCGACGCCUAGAGGACAGUGCUGUCCCACCUGUGAUCAGUGUGAGUACGAGAGGAGAGUCUACGUUAAUGGUAACGUUUUUAACCCAGCUGGAAGUGGACCCUGUGUCCAGUGCAGCUGCAAGGAUGGAAAUGUGAGGUGCCAAGAGGAGAGGUGUCCUCCGGUCCAAUGUUCCAACCCCAUCAAUGACCCCCAGUUCUGCUGCCCCAUCUGCAAAGUGUGUGUGUUGGAGGGGUUGAAGUAUGAGGAGGGUUCUCAGUGGCAGGCCGAGGGCUGCUCCAGCUGUACCUGUCUAAACGGAGAAGUGGUGUGUACAUACACACACUGUCCCCCCACUGCCUGCACACACCCCACCAAGAGCACCGGUUUGUGCUGUGCAGAGUGUGAACGCUGUACCUUCCAUCAGCGUAUCUAUAGCAACAGACAAACCUUUACACACCCCGACCAGCCCUGUCAUACCUGCACCUGUCUGGAGGGUACGGUGCAGUGUGUGAGGAGAGCCUGUCCCCCCCUGAACUGUUCCAACACACACACACCGCACGGAGAGUGCUGCCCUAAAUGCCCAGACUGUUCCUUUGAGAACCGUGUGUUUGUGGACGGCGAGGUAUUCCCCAGCCCGGUGAGUGUGUGUGAGGAGUGUGUGUGUGUUCAGGGAGGGUUGACUGCCACGCAUCAGAAUGCCCCCCGGCCUCACUGCACCACCCCCCUCCCAGGGACCUGCUGCCAGAACAACUGUAACGGGUGUAGCUACGCUGGGAAAGAGUACCCCAACGGACAAGAGUUCCUCCAUCCCACUGACAACUGCAGGACCUGCCACUGUAUCAAUGGUAACGUCCAGUGCUUGAUGAGGAGGUGUCCACCGCUGGGGUGCUCCAUCCCCAACCUGCUGCCUGGAGAAUGCUGCCCCCAAUGCCCAGUCCCCCCUGCUGACUGUGUGUAUGAGGGUCGGCCCUACAGACACACUGAGCGUUUCUACGACCCCACUGACCCCUGUCAAUCAUGCCUCUGCAUCAAUGGGACGUCUCGAUGUCAGCGCAAGCCCUGCCCCCUCGCUCACUGCUCACACCCCAUACAGCAGGAGUGCUGCAGGACCUGUGACGGCUGUCUGUAUGAGGGUCAGGAACGGGCCAAUGGGGAGUCGUGGGGUGAUGUGUCGGACCCAUGUGGAGUGUGUGUGUGUCGCGAGGGUUCUGUCCACUGUGAGAGGAAACGCUGCCCUGCUGUCAGCUGUCCCUACCCCAUACAGAGAGAGUGCUGCCUAGCCUGUGAUGGCUGUAUGUAUGGGGGUAAGGAGUAUCCUGAUGGCUAUGAGUUUCUCAGUGGAGAGGACCCGUGUCGAGUGUGUACGUGUUACGUAGGUGAUGUGGUGUGUAGCCAGCUACCCUGCUACCAGGACUGCACACACCCUUACAAGCCACCUGGCCAGUGCUGCGGCGAGUGUAACCGUUGUUCCCAUGGCAAUGUGGUCCUCAUCAGCGGCCAGUCAAUCCCUGACCCUACUGACCCCUGCUCAGAAUGUACCUGCCAGGGUGGAUCAGUGAGGUGUGUGAAGAAGUUGUGUCCUCCAGCCUCCUGCUCUCAUCCUGUCACCAGCCCCUGUGGCUGCCCCGUGUGUGACGGCUGUGUGUUCCAGGAUGGGGCUUACGUUGAUGGACAGGUCUUCCCUGGAACCAGAGGAACGUGUGAUGACUGCACAUGCUCAAGAGGAGAGGUAGUGUGUGUGAAGCGGAGGUGUCCUGCUGUGUCCUGUCCACACCCUGCGCUGGACGGUUGUGCGUGCGGUGUGUGUGAUGGCUGUCGCUUCAACGGACGAGACUGUUCCAAUGGAGAACGCUUCUCACACCCCUCAGACCACUGUCAACGCUGCACAUGCCUGAACGGUGGUGUGGUGUGUGUGUCUGGGUCGUGCCCGCCCGUGUUGUGUGCGCGUCCUGUGGUCCCUCCAGGGGAGUGCUGCCCCAUCUGCACAGGGGUGUGCCUUUACCAGGGGGAGGAGUUUCAGUCUGGGGCCUCCUUCACCCCACCCAUUGACCCCUGCUCCACCUGCAGCUGUCUGAACGAGGUGGUGAAGUGUCAUAAAAAGCUGUGUCCUGUUCAAUGUUCCCACCCCCUCCCCUUUGAAUCAUCCAAUGGCUGCUGUCCACUCUGUGAGGCCUGCCUCUACGGGGGUGUGGUCUACUCUAACAGACAAACCUUCACCCCAGCAGCCACACCCCUCACCCCAGGGCUAGCCAAUCCCUGUCAGCGCUGUACCUGUGUGAGGGGGAGUGUGACUUGCAUGCCCCUCUUCUGCCCCCCCACCUCCUGCCCCCAACCAAUCACACUGCCAGGAGACUGCUGCCCGCAGUGUGCAGUGUGUGUAUACCAGGGUGAGGAGUACAGUGACGGACAGCAGUGGAAUCCCAGCUCCAACCUCUGCACAGCAUGUACUUGUCAGGCAGGGAAGGUGCAGUGUGUGGGUCCAGAGUGUCCUAAGCUGACCUGUAUGCACCAGCUGACAGAACCAGGAACGUGCUGUCCUCGCUGCAGAGGGUGUGUGUAUGACGGAGAGGAGCAUGCUGAGGGCAGUAGCUGGUUUGCAGAUUCUACUCCCUGUAUGAGCUGUAUGUGUGUGGACGGAGUGACCACCUGCUCGGAGGUUCGCUGUCUGUCCCCCUGCAUCAACACCGUCACUGUACCUGGGGAGUGCUGCCCUGUGUGUGCAGACUGUGUGUUUGAGGGCAGAGUGUACGGUCCAGGAGACAGCUUCCACCCUGCAGAUGACCCCUGUCACAUCUGCACCUGCGAGGUGAUGCCAGAUGGAGAGCAGCACCUGAGGUGUUACCGUAAGCAGUGUCCCAGCCUGGUGGACUGUGUUAAAAGCAACAUCCUGUUCUCUGGACCAGACUCCUGCUGCCCUGUCUGCGCACAGCCCCUCAGUAACUGCACGGCCACUCUGAUCGGUAACGAGGUCCUGGCUACAGACGACCCCUGCUUCACCUGCCAGUGCAAGGACCUGACAUGGACGUGUCUACACCAGAGCUGCCCCCCUCUCAGCUGCCGCCCUGAAGAACACCACACACCCCCUGAUUCCUGCUGCCCCAUCUGUGACGAGUGUGUUAUCGAGGGUGGGAAGAGGCAUGUGUCUAAUGGUGAGAGCUGGACAGACAGUGAAGAUGAGUGCGUCACAUGUACCUGUAAUCUGGGUUACAUUGAGUGCAGUAUAGAGGAGUGUGUUCCUGUGGAGUGUGAGCAGGUCAGAAUGAAGACUCCUGGAAAAUGCUGUUACGAGUGCCAAGGUACCGCUUCUACAUGUGUGUACCAAGGCUCUGUGUACCAGUCUAAUGAACAGUGGGAAGUGGAUGAGUGUACCAGCUGUACCUGUGUGGUUGGAGACGUACACUGUUACAGCCAACGCUGUCCUCCACUAGGCUGUGCAGCGGAUGAGACUCCUGCUGUGAUCCCAGGUGUGUGUUGUCCCCACUGCAUACCACGGCCAGCCACCUGCGUAGCAUUUGGGGAUCCCCACUACAGGACCUUCGAUGGCCGCAUGCUCCACUUCCAGGGGGCCUGCACUUACAUACUGUCCCAGGACUGUGACGGAGGGGACUUCAGUAUCCAUGCGACCAAUGAUGACCGUGGUCGAAAGGGAGUGUCCUGGACCAAAGAAGUGACAGUUUUCAUAGGAGAUGUGGUAGUGCAGCUACUCCAGGACUGGGUCGUUAGGGUGGACUACAAGGUUGUCACCCUGCCUUUCCUCAAAGAACCAUACAUCUACCUGGAGCGCCAGACAAAUACCAUCCUACUCAACACUAAUAUAGGACUAAAGGUGUUGUGGAGUGGGCGGUCCCACCUGGAAGUGAGUAUACCGGGGUCGUAUAAAGGUCACACCUGUGGUCUCUGUGGCAACUUCAACAACUACCCCCAGGACGACCUACGAACCCCUGCAGGAAAAGUCAGUCAAUCAGAGGCCGACUUUGGAAACAGCUGGAAGGUGGGUAGUGGUAACAGCAGCCUGCCAUGUCAGCCUGGGGAGGAUAUUGACCCCUGUAAGGCAGCAGGCUACCAGGCCAGGAAGUCGGCUAAUGCACGCUGCAGGGUUCUGAAGUCUGCAGUGUUCCAUACCUGCCACCACUUGGUGGCUCCAGAGCCCUGGUAUGCAGCAUGUGUCUAUGACCUAUGUGCCUGCGGAGCCAACGCUGAUGAGUGUCUGUGUGAUGCCCUGGAGGCCUACGCAGCGCAGUGCAGAGAGGCUGGGGCUAAACUGUCCUGGAGGAGCUCCUCACUGUGUGCGGUGGGCUGUCCAGUGGAGCGUGGUUUCGUGUUUGAUGAAUGUGGUCCCCCAUGUCCAGUGACCUGUGUUAACCGUGACGUGCCACUAGGGGUGAUAGAGAGCCACUGUUUUAAACCCUGUGUGCCCGGCUGCCAGUGUCCUGCUGGACUGGUACUACACAACAACCACUGUGUACCACCAGAGACAUGCCCCAAGAUCAUACAUGGCAAGUCCUAACACACACGGACCUCUCCCAGUGUGAAUGAACUGUCUGAGGAGGUGUCUCACUCACCUGUGGACUUUAUUGUUGGAUUUUAUUAACAUUCUGUGAAGCUGAAUUCAUUUUUAUCAACAUUGUAAUGAAUUCUCUGUAUUUUAUGUUUGUACUGUUAAGUGUGAUGUGACCACUCUGUGCCUCUAACGCUCAGGAUAGGGCUGCUGAUCCACUAUCGUGCUCUGUAGGGAUGUAGUGGGAAAACACUGUUGAGAAAAUAAAAAGGUGUUGACAUGUUACACUCCACUACAUCCCAGGUGCUUUUACUGUAUAAACCUCAUUCUCUGUUGUAUCCACGGGGAGUUAUUUGAAUGUAUUAUGGUAUUAUGUGUUAUGCCAGACUACACAGACUUACAAUAUUGGACACAUUCCCUCUGCCAUUUCACAACAAAUAAAGAUGACUAUCCAA